GCUGGAGUAUGUCACCAAGUUGUGAUUUGCUCAAGAGUUGAAUUUUCAAUCCUUUUUUCCUUGGUAAGAAGAGCCUUCGAUAUCAUCUCAUAUCCUCAUAGUGUCGACAUGUGUUGCCAUGGUGAUGCUUUGGUACAAAGAGUCUGUGAAUUGUAUGAGCAAAUCUCAAGCCUUGAGAGCCUCAAACCCUCCAAAGAUGUCAACAUGCUCUUCACCCAACUUGUGCUCACAUGCAUGCCACCAAGUCCAAUUGAUGUUUCCAAGUUAUGCCAAGGGGUGCAAGAAAUAAGGUCAAAGCUUAUAAGGCUUUGUGGAGAGGCAGAAGGACUUUUGGAGAAUCAUUUCUCAACCAUCUUAGGCUCAUAUGAACACCCUCUUGACCAUCUCACCAUUUUCCCUUAUUACUCUAAUUACCUCAAGCUUAGCAAACUUGAGUUCACCAUCCUUAGCCAACACUUCCCUCAUGUUCCUAGCAAAAUUGCCUUUGUGGGUUCAGGCCCUCUUCCUCUGACCUCAAUUGUUUUGGCCUCCAAUCACCUCACCACAACCUCUUUCCACAACUAUGACAUUGACCCUUCAGCCAAUUCCAAGGCUCUUGGCCUGGUCUCGUCCGAUCCUGACCUAUCAAAAAGAAUGGUUUUCCACACCACAGAUAUAAUGGAUGUCACAAAUGCUUUAAAAGACUAUGACGUUGUGUUUUUGGCAGCUCUUGUUGGCAUGGACAAGAUGGAGAAGCUGAAAAUUAUCGAUCACUUGGCUAAGUACAUGGCUCCAGGAGCAACUUUGAUGCUAAGGAGUGCACAUGGUGCCAGGGCCUUUCUGUAUCCAGUGAUUGAUCCUUGUGAUGAUCUUAGAGGGUUUGAGGUUCUUUCUGUGUUUCAUCCCACUGAUGAAGUCAUUAACUCAGUCGUGAUUGCGCGUAAAUACGCAUUGCCUGCACAGCACUCAUCACCAAUUGAUUCUCAGGGGCUUAAUGCUGCUCCUAUAAUACUGCCCAACAAGUGUUCUGGGAUUGAAGCCUUCAAUCCCCUCCUCAAUCAUGGGAACAUGAUGAUUGAGGAAUUGGCCUUUGAGGAGCAGCUUUCAUAAAGCUUGCUUUAAUUUCAUGCCUUCAUCUAUGUUGCUUCACAUAUGCAUGGAAAUAAGAUCCAUUUAGUUGGUUUAAUUGUUAUGUGUUUAAUGCAUAUCUGACCUGUUUAUCUACCUACUUAUUGUGACAUCCCAUAUGUAUUACGGCUUCUCAUAUUUUAAUAAAAUCACUUGGAAAUUGGAUCCUUA